AUGGGGUCAAAUAUUUACAGAUCGUCAUCGAUCUGUUCUCCAGAUAUGUUUGGAUCUAUCCAUUCAAGUCCAAAACGGCCACAUCGAAGGUCGAAGAACUUACAAAAUUGUGGGAAUCGCAAGACAUUUCUGCUGCUGCCCAAAGAUAUUUCAGUCCAAUAUAGGUUCUUUAAAGGACGUGGUGUCGUUCACUUGUUUUCCUUAAAUGAAACAAAGGCCAGCUAUGCCGAACGCGUGAUCAAAACCAUCAAAAUGCGCAUUUACAGACACAUGUUAAAAACGGUUUCCUACAGAUAUCUGGACGUGUUACAGGACAUCGUUCAGAGUUAUAAUCACACGCAACACCGCAUGUUGGGACAGAGUCCGGACAGUGUCACUAAGAGAAACGAGGGCGAAGUCAGAUUAGCUCAAUAUCUUAUCAAGAAGUCAGAUAAAUCCCCAAAGAAAAAGUCAAACUUCACAUUUGAAGCGGGAGACAAGGUGAGAAUCAGUCACCUGAAGGGGACAUUCUAUGCAUUCGAACUUCAAAAGGUGACAGAAAAUCCAGACCAGGUAUACAAAAUACAGGAGGUAUUGAAAAAGAGAACUCGGAACAAACAGAAGGAAGUGCUGAUCAAGUGGCUUCACAGGCCCAGCAAGUAUAAUUUGUGGAUUCCCGAAACCGACCUGAUUCAGUACCAGAUGAUUAAAUCAGAGAUCAUACGAUCAGUGGUCACCGAUCGUUGGAGAAAUGAAGGUCGGCUUGGCUCGCCUUUCUAUAAAAAGGGCCUUGAUUGA